UUUCAUAAAUGAUUGUAAAAGGUAUGUUUGGCGAUUCAUGAAAUCUCAUUACUUCGAAUCCAUAACACACCCCUGCAAUUCCACAGUAUUAUAAUUCUACAAACCAUGAGGGCAAUACAUGGUGAAUAUCCCCGGAGUGAGCGUUGGAUGUCCUGUACUUCUCUUUGUGCAAAUUACCCCCUUACGAUCACUAUCUGCGUCAUAGCAUCUCCGAACACGAACACGCAGUAGUUUUGGAAAAAAGCAGAGACUCUUGAGUUCAUUUUCUUCAGGUAGGUUGACUAAAUGAGAAGCUGAAUGGCCAGAUCCUUCAAAUGGAAGGUUAGCUUUUUUAAUUAUUUCUUUUAAUAUAGGGGACAUCUGGUGGUAGAAAGAGCUCAAAAACAACAGGUGUUGUCUCUUGGCCUGGCAAGAAAGUGCUAAGGUGUAUAGGGAGAAACCAGAUCCAUUAUCGGAGAAAAGAACAUAAGGAACCGCACUAAUAUUACUUCUUCAUACAUUCAACAUUAACGUUGACACUUGGACAAUUUAACAACACACACAUGGUUACUUUCAUUUCUAAUCAAUCUAGGUGUAUAGGGAGAAAUCAGAUCCAUUAUCGGUGAAAAUAACAUAAGGAACCGCACUAAUUACUUCUUCGUACGUACAUUGAACAUUAAUGCUGACACUUGGACAAUUUAAUGGAAUAUUACAGUAGACACUCGGUUUAUUUCAUUAUCAGCAACAAUAUUAUUUCACUUCAUAUCAUUCAGUAAAGCUAGUGCACAGAGGUCAGGGACUGAAGUGGAAGAGGUAUGAAGUGUGGAAGGUCAGGGGUCAGAGGUCAAGGAGAUUUUUCUCAGUCUAGACAUGAAGAGAGGGAAUUGAUGGAUCAGAUAGGAUGGGAAGGAAGAAAGGAAGAUAAUGUUGGGAGAAGCAGUUUUGGAGAAGGCAUGGAAAGGGGGGAGAUGAGUGGAAGUGGAGGGAUGGCUGAGGAUACCCAGAAGGAAACCUACUUGGGUUUUUAUGUUAGGAAGGAGCGUAAAUGCGAAACUGAAACUAAGUUGUUACUACGAAAAGCAAGCAGAAAGAGGAGUGAUACUCGCUAUGAUUUCAGUUCUCCUGCCCUAAAGAAGAAAAAUGUAUAGAUUCCAUGAACAACAAAACUCGACAACCUCAACACUUUCUUCAACACCACAUCUCUUUUGCUUUGUAUACUGGUCUUGAAUGCAAGGCUAUGUGUUAUGUUGGUCAACUCUACACACAGGGCAAGGGUCAAAACAAAGCAGCAGCUCCACCUUUGGACAGCAUUUGAGUGUUGACAGUGGGUGUGAUGGUGAAGAACGUAGAUGUGGUUCUAUAGAUGAUGAUUCUGAAACUCUUCAAAUUCUGAAUGAGGAGACUGAAGGGGAAAAAAUAGUGGCAUCAGUGUCAAUUCUUGAUGCCUAUAUGUUCCAGUUGAAAACAAAGAAAGCAUUUGCCUUGUGCAAUGGAUCACUUCAUGCUUUCGUUCUACAGGAUUUCUCUGAAGAGACUUUGUGUUUGAAACCACUUCAUUAUCACUUUAUCUCUCGCUCGGCAAAGCAGUUUAGGGAUGAGGUUGAGUGGGUGUAUAAUUGCACAUGUGAUUCGCAUGCAUCUCGGUUAAGCACCACUUUAAAUAGCACCCUGGAACUCAACUACUCGGAAUUCUUGAAGAAAUUUCCGUAG